AUGUCAAGUUUCCUGGAUUUUUUGCAGAUGAAUAAGGAUAAGACAUUCCGGCCGAAGAAAAAAUUUCCAGUUGGAACGUUGCGUUAUAACCUGCAUAAACAGGCUCAAGCUACGCUCCAUUCGGGUUUAGAUUUAAAAGCAGCUGUUCGAUUACCACCUAACGAGAAUUUCGAAGACUGGUUAGCUGUUCACACGGUGGACUUUUUCAACCGAAUAAAUCUUUUGUAUGGUAUAAUAUCGGAUGUUUGUACAGCGAAAUCUUGCCCUACAAUGAGUGGUGGGUCUCGAUAUGAAUAUCUUUGGCAGGAUGGUGUCAGUUAUAAAAAGCCAACAAGAUUACCUGCACCUGAAUAUAUAUAUCUUCUCAUGGACUGGAUUGAGAUACGAAUAAAUAAUGAAACUAUUUUUCCUUCUAAUACUGAGGUUCCAUUCCCGCGAGAUUUUCGACAAACAUGUAAAAAGAUACUGACAAGAUUGUUCCGAGUCUUUGUUCAUAUUUAUAUACACCACUUCGAUCGGUUAUCACAAUUAGGAGCUGAGCCUCACGCAAACACUUUAUACAAACAUUUUUACUAUUUUAUCACUGAACAUCAAAUGGUUUCAUCACGUGAGUUAGAUGCGCUGAAGGAAAUGACACAACGGUUGAUUGUUAAUUCUGGCAACCGACGAAUUCGUGUUGAAUGA